AUGGCACCAAAGAAAGAUGUGAAGAAACCUGCUGCUGCUGCUGCCCCAGCCCCUGCCCCAGCACCUGCACCUGCCCCAGCCAAACCCAAAGAAGAAAAAAUUGACCUCUCUGCCAUUAAGAUCGAGUUCUCUAAGGAACAGCAGGAUGAAUUCAAGGAGGCGUUUCUCCUGUAUGACAGAACAGGUGAUUCCAAGAUCACUUUAAGCCAGGUUGGUGAUGUCCUUCGGGCUCUGGGAACAAAUCCCACCAAUGCAGAGGUCAAGAAGGUUCUGGGAAACCCCAGCAAUGAAGAGAUGAAUGCCAAGAAGAUAGAGUUUGAACAGUUUCUGCCCAUGCUGCAAGCUAUUUCCAACAACAAGGACCAGGGCACUUAUGAAGAUUUUGUUGAGGGGCUGCGUGUCUUUGACAAGGAAGGCAAUGGCACAGUCAUGGGUGCUGAACUCCGCCAUGUUCUAGCUACCCUGGGUGAAAAGAUGAAGGAGGAAGAAGUAGAAGCCCUGAUGGUAGGUCAAGAAGACUCCAAUGGCUGCAUCAACUAUGAAGCUUUUGUGAAGCAUAUCAUGUCUAUCUAAAUGGAGGUCUCCAGAAUGAGCAUUAUGCAGGAAGACUGGCUGGAACCUUACAUUAAUAACAUCCAUGACUAACAAUCCAUAUUUGUUUAUCAUCUUUGAGAAAAAUAAUAUUAUCUGGGCUGUUCUAGAAUGAAGGACUGAAGGAUUCCCUGAAUUUUUAUAUACUUGGAGCUUCUCUCUGAAUUGUAUUCAUAUUACAAAAACCAAAUGCUGCUCCAGAGAACACUGACAAUCGCAAAUCCAAGCACUACUCUUUAUUAAU